AUGUUCCGGGUCGCUGAAGCUACCCCGACCCGAGCUCAGGCGGCGAGGAAGAGCUGGCAUUUCAGUAGGACUAUGGAGGAGCUGGUUCAUGAUCUGGUCUCGGCACUGGAAGAAAGUUCAGAGCAAGCCAGAGGAGGUUUUGCUGAUACUGGAGAUCAUUCUCGAAGCGUGUCUUGUCUUCUAAAGAGACAGGCAAGGAAAAGGAGGGGACGGAAAAGGCGUUCAUUUACCACCCAUCAUCCCUGGGAGACUGGUCACUGCCUAAGUGAAGGCUCCGAUUCCAGUUUAGAGGAAUCGAACAAAGACUACAGGGAGAAUCAUGCGACCAAGAAAGACCACAGUGAUUCUGAUGACCAGCUCUUGGUUGCUAAACGUAGGCCUUCCUCAAACUUAAAUAACAUUAGGGGCAAAAGACCUCUGUGGCACGAUCCGGAUUUGGCUGUGGACAGUUUGGGAAACAGAACUUUGCGCAGGAGGAGAAAGGUAAAACGCAUGGCAAUAGAUCUGCCAUCAGAAGUCUCUAAUGCACUGACAAUAACUCAACAGCAGGAUAACAGCAGAGAUCAAGAAAUGGACAAUAACAAUAAAUCAUACCAGCACCAAGAGUUUUCCAAGAGCAAAGUGAAAAAAAGAAAAGUAUCUGCAGCUCGACAAGGUCCUGAAAUCUUGGAUGAAGGAGUAGUUAUAGAAAAUGAAGAAGUGAAUCAAGCAAAUAAGGACAAAAUGGAGUAUGAGGAGCAAAAAGGCUCAGAUGAGAACAUGAGUGACAGUGAAUCCAGCAGUCUGAGCAGCAGUGAUGCUGGUUUGUUUACCAAUGAUGAGGGAAGACAAGGUGAUGAUGAGCAGAGUGAUUGGUUUCAUGAAAAUGAAUCAGGUGGCGCAUGUGGAAUUACAGGGGUUAUUCCAUGGUGGGAACAAGAAGAUUCCACAGAACUGGAGAGAGAAUUGCCUGACCCAGUCUUUGAAAGUAUCUUAACUGGUACUUUCCCCCUGAUGUCCCGCUCAGGGAGGAGAGGUUUCCAGAAUAGAUGUAGUCACCUUCAUGGAAUGCCAGCAAGAAACAUAAAAAAGGCUUCAGGAAACCAGAAUGCACUGAUAACUCCAGGACCAGGUGGUAGCAGGAAAACAGUUCACUUGUCCCAGGAUUCUCUUCACCAUGAUCACUGGUUUAGCCCUGGGGCUAGGAAGGAACAUAGCCAGCUUCAACUCUUGCGAGACAACCGCUCAGAGAGGGGACACAAGAAGAACAGCUCUGUAAAAACAGCCAGCAGGCAAACCAGUGUACAUUUAGGAUCACUGUGCAUGGGAGACAUCAAGCGGAGAAGGAAAGCUGCUCCCCUGCCAGGACCCACAGGGUUUGUAGGUGAAAACACCCAACCAAUCCCAGAAAACAACAUUGGGAACAGAAUGCUUCAGAGUAUGGGCUGGACCCCGGGCACGGGCCUCGGACCAGACGGCAAAGGGAUAGCAGAGCCCAUACGAGCCAUCCAGAGACCCAAAGGACUUGGACUUGGAUUUAGCUGACAGAGAUAAAAGUAAAGCUCAAAAUUAAUUUAAAAAGGAAAAAAAAAAGUAAGAAAGAGAAAGGGAAAAAUG